CCUCGGCAAUGAUCCCUGAUAUCUCCUACCAAGCUUUCAGACAUAGAAAGCCGAUUCUCGUAUUCUGAAAUCCCCAUCUCUUGAAAUGUAUCUGCAUCAUACGAGGAAAAUCGGAUUUUUUGAGCUGUACUACCUUGGGAGAAACCAGUUGAAGUGCUAUACAAAUUACUGUAUUAUUGCCAAGUACAACCAUGCAUUGAACCAAUCGAUUCUCUCCCCUGCGUUGAGACAGGUGGUGUUGGCAAACCCAUACCUCGCUGCCAAUUUUUUCCCCGCCUCCUCUGUUGCCAGUUUCGACAACUACGACUUACGCGCAGUAGACCAAAUCCGGUUCGAGGAUGUGGUGGAAUACAAAACAGUAAGCCAGAUAGACGAGAGUCUCUUGGAAGAAAUCAACACCUAUACGUGUAAGAUGGACGAGACAGAGAGGCCGUUGUGGAGAGUGAUCGUAUACACUACUCCCGAAUCCGAUGAGACCCCCCACGUAUGCUUUUACUGCGACCAUACUCUCUUUGAUGGAACCUCAGGCACAUCGUUCCACAAAAAGCUCAUCAGAGAGUUGGGAAACGUGGGAGAGCUUGGACCAACUUCCGGUGAUAUUUUGUUCAACUACGAAGCAGACAAAGACCUCCUUCCAAAAUUUCCCCAAUCGUCGGAUAAGUAUGUGAACAAUAAGCCUCCCGCGAUUUUCGUUGCCAAAUUUUUGUUCCGGGUUCUUAGCCCCCAGUGGCUUAGACGCACCUUCAUCUACCUUUGGAAUCGAACUCCCGUUAUCGGCGGAUCCGCCCGCGACCGUUUGUUGGAGAAAUACCCUAUCUUCCGGGGACUCCCUGCCAACACGAGUACAGCCACUCGAUUUAAGAUUAUCAACCUCCCUCCGUCCGAUAGUGCGGGAGUUCUCAAAUACUGCAAGGAAAAGCACUUGACAUUUACCCCGUUGUUGUACACUGUGGGGAUAAAAACCUUGCAGGACACCAUCCUCCUGGCCAGUAUGCCGUUUGCUACGGAAGCAAUUAUUUCCGUCACCACCAGAAGGUAUCUUGCGAAGGAACAGAUGGGCCAGCACGACUUUGGCCUCUUUGUGGGGCCCCAACCGCUAAUCAACCCACCCAUCUCUCAAAUCUCCGUCCCCGAGAUUAUCAGGGUUCAGGAGGAUAUCGCCGCUGGGCUCGAAGCUAGAACACCUCUUUACACCGUGGGAAUGUUAAAGUACGUGGAUGUUAAGGAUUUUUUGAACGGCAUACUUGGAAAACUGAAGGAGACAUUUGAGAUCUCCAACUUGGGCUUGCAGAACGUUGUCUCAGCCGAUGGCCGGUGGGAGAUCCAGGACAUGCUUUUCAGCCAAUGCUUCGGAAGAACCAGUCCCUACUUUUGCUUAAGCGUUGUUUCUACCAAAAGUGGCGGUCUAAAUCUCGUAUUAGGCAUGGCCCCUGAAUAUUGCGACGCUAAUCCGGAGCUCGUGGACCAGUUUGCCAGUGAAUUGACGAAAAAUAUUAUGGCCAGGUACUAGUAAAAGGAUCUCAUUUUAAGGGUUUUAUUAAUGUAAU